UGUCACUUUACGAAACUUUGUUAGAAAUACUAAGAGGUUUCACAAGAUUUCUGUAUUAUUUUCAUAGGCGGACUGGAAGGGAAUACCAUAACUUUGUCAGCGUGAGAUUCGGAUGAUUCAAGGCGGAUGCCUGGGAAACGAGUCCGGGCGAGGCUGCGAGGAGCAAGGAGAACGUAGUCUGCGACAGCAGUCUCCGCCCAGCCGCCCUACGCGAGAGUCGCCGCCUUACGCGCCCUGCGUCCGACGCACGACGUACCGCCCGCCCUGGCUCUACAGUCGUAGGUGCUCGCGAACGAACAGUCACUCACACAUCUAACUUGCAUCAAUAAACGCUUCGUUUAAUAUAAAUAUGCCCUUUCAUAACUUGGCCCAUAAGUUCGUUUUAUUGUAAAGAACGUUUGAAGUUUCCUAAAUGUUAUAGAUAUAGCGGGAGUCUCGGCGUCCUUUUAACAUAUUCCACUGAAAGAGAGGUAAAAUGUGUGGCGAUACAAUGGAAGUCUGAUUAAUUGGUUGAUAUUAGACAUGUGAGAAUCGAAUUAAAUUUUUAAUGGGUGUUAAAAUUAUUCGAAGUGAAGUACAGUAAUAAAUAGUGUGAGUGCAGAUGUGUGAAGUGUUAUAAGUGCGUGGCCAUGAGUUUCUUGUCGUCGCUGGGUCAGUAUGUGGCAGGCGUGGCGGACAGCGUCGCAGGGCUGGCGCUGUCACCGCGGCGCGCGCCACCCGCCCGUCACCGUUCUGCUGAGGAAUCACAGCCGCAGCAGACUCAGCCCUCUACAGCCACCAUGAGAGGUUUUCCGCGAGUGGUGCCGACAGAAGGAGCCUCUGCUCUAAGCGCACGCCGGCGGACUCUCGACUGCCUAGCUCCAGCGGCACCUCCACGUCGAGGAGGCUCACUCCGGGUACCACGACACCAACAACCGCCGGAGAAACCUACCAUGGCUUUUUGUAAGCGGCGUCUCUCUUGGCCUGAGGUCGACAACUCUGUCAACUCUGGAGUUCAAGAAACUGACGGUUCAUACUUUGAGAGCUUUACGGCAUUGUCGUGGCGGCAAGAGAACCGGCGCCUGGCAGCUUUACGCCUAGCCGAAGCAAGAGCUGAGCGACCACCUCCAGCGCCACAUGAACUCGGCUUACCUAGUGUGUCAGCACAAUUGUCCCACAAAGAACACGAACAUUUAUAUACAGAGGUACUGUACUGCAUUGAGAAUGCAGUGGGAGCUCCGGCACCGGAUGGUCAGUUCGCGUCAUACAAAGACGAGGUGAUAGAGUACGCGCGGCGUGCGUUCAGAGUUUCACCGGAGGUACAUUCCCGUGCGGUGAGGGCUGCAGGUAGCGAACGGCCUCCAACAGUUGUUCUGGGCUGCUCAGUAAUAGAAGCAGAUGGGCUCGAAGCUAAGGACGCAAACGGAUUUAGUGAUCCAUACUGCAUGCUGGGCAUUCAACCAGCAUCGCUGCCAGCUUCUCCGCGAGCAUCUGAAGAUGAAGGUCGGAAACAUGGGUUCAGACUCAGUUUCAAACGUAGAGAUGGACGUCAACAGCGCGACAGUCUCGGAAGACUACCAGCACGAUACAUCCGUGCAACCAGUGUCAGACCACAUACACUCUCACCUAAAUGGAAUGAAACUUUCAAAUUUGACAUCGACGACAUAUCAUCGGACGUUCUACACCUAGACAUCUGGGAUCACGAUGACGAGAGCUCGGUACUGGACGCGGUGUCCAGACUCAACGAGGUUCGAGGAGUCCGCGGCUUGGGUCGCUUCUUCAAACAAGUAUGCCAAAGCGCACGCCAAGGGAGCCAAGACGAUUUUCUCGGUUGCGUAAAUAUCCCGCUCCGUGAGAUACCCUCAACCGGUGUAGAAGGAUGGUAUAAGUUGGAGGCCAGAUCGCAGCGGUCCUCAGUACAGGGUCGCAUCCGGCUACGUCUAUGGCUUUCCGCCCGGGAAGCAGGUCGACACGACGACGACAACUGGCAACAGGUGCGACAACAUGAACGUCUCUUUGGAGUAUUGUUGGCUCACGAAGUGGAAACAGCGUCAAGCGGUGGUACCGACGGAGCAGAGGGCGAGACCUGUAAUGGAUGGGAAGGAGAACUAUGCGGUCCCGCGCAGACCUUGUUACACCAACAUGCGAUUCAAGGCGAUAUGAGUGCGUUACAGGCAGCAAUAGCCAGAUUUGCGGCUGCAUGUAGGCUGAAUAGCGAUGCACCUCUUGAUCCUAAGUAUAUGUAUAAAUUGCUAACGGAGUUAGAACGUGCUUGGUGUGCGAGCGAAGGUACUUCGAUGGGCGGUAGCGAUGCUGGCGCCACUGGCAACGUGUCGCGCGACGAAGAACGCUGGCUGGCCGACUGCUUCGGCGAGCUGGUGGAGAGAGCGCUACACCAGCUGCGCCUGCACAGGGAUCUGUACCCGGUGUUACACCACCACAGUCUUAAUAAGUUGGAGUAUCUUCUGCGAUGUUUAAGUCAACUGUCACAAAUGAAAGCGUUCUGGAGAUGCUGUCCCUUCAACAAGGAAAUCAGGACGGAAAUAGUGGGCUCACUCCGCAAAGGCACUUCAGAAUGGUACGAAGCUCUUUGUGCUCAGGACACUGAAUCAGAACGGGGAGAAGACCUAGUAAAUCUAAUUACUCUUGUGCAAAUUGAUCUACAGCAAGGAUUGACAUACUAUCAUCCGUUAUUUGAAACGACUAACAACGUCCCAUAUUUUAGCGUGGUCUUUACACAAAUAGAUAAAAUGGUAGCAGAAGAUGUAAGGCAAUGUGUAGAACACUGGGUGGCUGAAGGAUGGUGCGGGGUCGCUGAGGAAGAAGUGAUUGAUGAGCAAGGCAACGGAGUAUGUGUAGUAUCGGCGAAGACCCUGCCAUUUGAAGUGCUGUCAGCAGUCCGAGAGCUAUGUGCAGCCGCGGCGCCCGCUCCGCCUCCGCACCUCGCGCACGAUCCGCCACCGAUGCUUCUCGAAGCCUACUUGUGGUUCGAGCCAUUAAUCGAUAGAUGGUUGGCAGUUACUAAGACCAUGGCUUUGCAGAGAGUUCGCGCAGCUGUUGAACUAGAUCGUGCAGUCGAAGGUGAACACCUUGUGAAGCACAGCACAUCAUCAGUAGACACGGCUGCAUGCCUCUACCACAUGCGAUUGGUAUGGCGGGCAAUUGGCGGUGCUGAAGAGGGUACAGGAGGCGGCGGUCUGAGACUUUUAGAGGCAGCGUGUGCCACAGCCUUGCAUUAUGCUGAUCUCGUUCAUGGCGCGCUUGCGGAUCAAGGAUAUUACGAGAAUCACGGUCAGAACAAAUCAACAGAAGAGAUAUGCACGAUCGUGAACAACUUGGAGUAUGUGCGCCGCUCGCUCUCUGAAUACGACGACGAAUAUAUAGCAAACGAUGAAAAUGCGCGGCAACUAGUCCGUGGCGCGCUGGGGACAUUGGACGCUCGGUCGGCGCGCGCUGCGGCGCCUUUAGCCGCCCGGGCGCGCCCGCCUUUACGGAAAGCUGUUUUCCAUCUAGCGUGGUCCCCUGAUACGCUACCCACGCCUCAGGCUAUCACUCCCUUACUGGAGUUCCUAGACCAACAUUUGUCUUCACUCAACACUUGGUUACUGCCGCGUGCUUUCACUCGUGCUCUUGCUGGCUGCUGGAGCGCUGUACUUAAAGAGGUAUCAGCUCAAGCUGACGCUGGCGGGGCUGAAAGGCCUAGAGUCUACCAUCACAGGCUGAGGGAAGCUCUCGAUCUACUUGCAGAAUUUUUCCAUGCAGAGGGAAAAGGUUUGCCAAUGUCUGAGGUACACAAUCACGAGUGGAUCCGUGUCGAACAAAGAAUGCAGUAUCAUCAAGCACCUACAGAAGAACUUUUAGAAUUAUGGCUCGCUGAUCGGCUUGCCGAACAAGCCCGAACACCCUUACCGUCCCCUUAUGGAUCCAUAUUAGUUAGGGUCUAUUUCAACCACGACUCGCUGUGUGUAGAAGUACUCUCCGCCCGCGACGUGAUCCCACUUGAUCCCAACGGGCUAAGUGACCCGUUCGUAGUCCUCGAGCUAUUACCUAAAAGGCUCUUCCCUAAAGCGCAUGAACAGACUACCAAUGUUCAAAAGAAAACCCUGAACCCGGUGUGGGAUGAAUGCUUCGAGUUCGCGGUAUCUCUAGAGGCAUGUCGCUCUAAUCAAGCUGCGCUAUCGUUGUCGGUAUGGGACCGCGACGUGCUGACCGCCGACGACUUUGCUGGCGAGGCUUUCGUAUCCCUGUCCCGGGUGCCCGGGGUCAACUGCCAUGCACCACCAGACCCACUGCGCCCUCUCGAGUUGCCCCUUAUGCAACUCCAUGACAGAAAUCACCCCAUUUUGCAAAUAUUGGAGUCGCGGACUACCGAUAAACUAGCCAUGGAAUUUGUAAAGAAACAAAAAUUGCGUUUUGCCGAUCAGUAAAUUAUUUCUUUAUAUACCUACACAUCGUAUUACUUUAUCUUAUUUCUAAUUGAGUUUCAUAAUUUCCAAUUAUAUACAACGUCCAUUAAAAAUGUCGACAAUAUACUAAUAAAAAUAUUUUAUUAAAAAGAGUUCAAUAUUUUUAAAACAAAUUUAAGUUAUGUAGAAGCGAGAUAUAAUUAUUGUAAGAUGUAAUUACACAUCAGUAUUAUUGUAUAAAUACAUAUUGCAAAGACUGUGUAAAUCUUCUAUUUAUGAGAGAAUAUUAAAUAUUGUGUGUGUACUUUCAAAACUUUUAUAUGUGUACAAUAGGUAUAGUGGUAUAUUAUAUGCACCCUCGGAGCUUAUGUCCCAAGAUAUUAGUCUCUAUUAGAAAUUCCCGACCAAGUACUUUAAGAUUCGAUGUUACCCUCUAUUAUGUGACAAUUCAAUCAUUUCAUAGUUUUACAAGCAUAUUAUAUGACCUACUUGGAUGUAUACUUCAUAUAUUCACGUAAUAACACAUUUUGUCAAAAACUCAGAAAAAUGAAAAUCCGUUGCAGCUUUAACUCUCCAAGUACUCGUAACAACUACAUGUAAGUCAUAAGUAGAUGGAAAACUGCAGAAUAACACUUAGUACGAGGUCAUCAAAUGUUUCACUUUACUAAACUUAUAAAACUCUAUCUCACUAUGAGCUUGUUAUGAAUAUAUCAUAUUUUUCCAAACUAUUUACACGCUUUUCUAAUUAUUAUUAAUUCUAUUGCGCUUUGAUACGAGCUUCGCAUUGGUCACCUAUCCGUCGCAUUUAAUAAAUUAUACAUGUCUUUAACGACUGAUUUUCAUUACUAGUUUAAUGUUUGUACAAGUAACUAUAUAAAUUUUGUAACUUUAAGUGAAUAAUGUUCACUGUGUAUACAAGUAAGUAUAUUAUUGAUUAUAGAAAAAAAAAUGUAUUGAUGUUUAUAAAUUAGUGAUUGAAUAAUUAUAUACUAAAAUAGUACAUGAAAUAUCUUCUAAAAUCAGUAUUUCAUAUAAGUGAUGACAUAUCACAGGAAUUAUACUCGUAACCAUUUAAAAUCGUAUUUUCAAAUUAAUCAAUAUCACGUUAUUAUGUACAAAGAAUAUAUAUCUAUAUUAAUUCCAGAUUUUAGUAUAUUUAGAAUACAUUGGUAAAUGGUGAAACAAAGCCCUCAUUAUCAACGUACCUAAAAAUAAAAUCUAAGAGUUGAUUUAUACAGAAAAUAUUAUACUUGCGAUCAAAUUUAAAACACAGUUUGAAACCAUUAAAGUAAGGUCAAACAAAAAGUAUCACGAGGGGAAUGUUAUGAAUCAAAGAGAGUCGACAUCUGUAAUAUAGAUGAUAUAAACUUCCACCUCGGAAAAUUUUCUUUGAAGAAUUGAGGCGCAAGUAAGUUAAUGUUAGCGUGAUGCUACUUUUACAUCACGUAAUUUGUAUAUUUAUUGAUAUACAAAAACCAAAGAUUCAUACUCCCACAUAAAAGUUACACAUAAAACUAUCUUGAAAUUGAAUUUUAAACAAAGUAAAUAUCAUAAGACAAGGAAUGAGUGAAGUCAAAAUUUAUACCGUAAAUGUAUAACCUUUCUAGAAGAGAAUAUUUCGGCACGUUUGACUACAAACGUCACUGGUUGGUUCGAAAUAUGUACAUAUUUUGAUCGAAUGCAUCCUGUUUCAAAUGAGUGUACCUUUUUCUUUAUAUUAAUACGUAUAUUUUUAUGGAAAAGGCAUACAACGUUGUGUUUAGUAAAUAAAUCAAUACCACAACUCUUAAUAUCUACUUAUUAAUAAUAUAGGAGUCACAGAUAUUUUGCUAAUCUAUCUAAAUUAUUGUGUGUGAAUCUCUCUGGACUUCCUUCUCUAUUUUGACCAUUUAAAUAUUUUAUGACCAUUGUGUUGUAAACUGUUGAAACUACAUUUAAUUGUAUUUCUUUUAUACUUCAUUUUUAAGUUUGCUAUACUACAACAUAUUCUCGUCUCAAUAUUCAAAGCUAACCCCAAACUUUGUCAUAUCCUCUGUAAACCAUAUCAUAUCACUGAGCUUUUAACUAUUUUAUAUAAAUACUUACCUACUGAGGAGGUCAGAUAUCAAAAUAAUUUUUUUAUGGAAUCUUACUUAAUAGAUUUUUACGACCUCCGCUUACACUUAAGUUUCAUAUGGUUAGAACCGCCAUCAGAAUUUUAAUGGAUUUUUUAAUAAAUAUAUUGUGCUCAAUAUAUUUGACAGCACUAAAAUAUUAUAGGUAUAUACAAUCUUUUGGCAAAACAAGACCAUUCCAAAAGUCAAUUACGUAAAAUAGGACUAUACAAAUAAAAACUAUGAUGUUCAGAAUUAUAUAUAUUUUAUAUCGUAUUGCUUUUCAUAACAUUUUUUUUAUAUAAAUGUCUAUUUAUACAAUCGUACUAAAUAUUAUAAAUUUGUUUUCUAAAGUAUUAUAUAUUAGUGUAUUAAAAAAUAAUAGCAACUUGCUAAAAUCUUUUAAAUCAGACAUACUUCCGUGAAUUAUUCUUAUGAAAACAAUUAUGAAAAUAAAUUAAAAAUGACCGUAACACGUUAAAAUCUUAUAAUAAUUUGUUAUGUAACUAUAAUAAUUUGUAACAUUACAUUUUUUGUUAAUAUAUACUAUAAAAAUAAUUAUAAUAAAAAAUACCAAAGAAAAUUAAGAUAAAAAUUUAAUAUUGAAUGUAUUAUUCAGUGCAAAUGAUUUUUUAAAUUAAUUGUAAUGUAUCGUGCAAAUAGGUAUUUAUUUAUUUAUAGGUAUUUAAGUUCUAAUGAUUAGAAUCGUAUGAUCUAAAUUCCUGAAAAAUAAAAGAACAAUUCCGUGUUUAGAUGACUGUAACAUACAUUGUUAUACAUAACCGCAUACUUAAAUAUUAUACAAAUCUGAGCAGUUAUACCUGUAGUAGAAACCAUAUAGAUCUUUGUAUUGAAUGAAAUUGAAUUAUCAGUGUCUGGUUACUUUAUGUUUACUGUAAGUUAAAUUUAUAAUUAUUCUAUUACUGACACUUGUGUUCCUGGCUUUAAUAAAGUGUAUUCAAUAUA